AUGCUCCACUCCAACCAGGGCAGCAAGUACAAGAACACCAGCUUCAAGUGCUACCUCACUGACCACAGCAUCGACCACCAGAUGUCACCCACAUACACCCCUGAGUACAACAGCAUGGCUGACCGAUUUAACCACACCAUCCUCAACCUCAUGCAAUCCAUGCUCCACAAGUCCAAUCUACCUGCCCAAUUCUGGGCUGAGGCUCUUGACCUGCACUUGCAUGACGCCCUCUACCUCAGCCCUGUGAGCAAUGGAUUGCACCACCACCUCUGGAUGCUUGAGAGCAAGCACAUCACAGAGUCUUGUGAUGUUGUCUUUGAUGAUGACUCCAACUUCCUGUGCCUGCCUCUGUUGCUUGUCAAAGUACUGAAGACCAAGCACACAAUGACCUACCCCAAGAAUGGUCUCUGCUUGACUUGCUGUCCCCUCAAGCUGUGA